AUGAACUGCAUCCAAUUCUUCUGUCUGUUGUGCCUGAUGGUCGUGAGCUGUGCUGAUGUACCCAGGGGUGCUGGUGAUGGAAGAUAUCUUCCCGGGGCUCCUCGGCUAUUGAUUGGAGAAUCGAGGAGGAUGGCCAUAAGAGUUUUAGACGAGAGUCUGGCCAAACUGACCACAGGUCCUAACUACAAAGCUGUGAAUGUUACGCAGGUGACGAGCCAAAAUUUUAAUGAAUUUAUCUGUACGUACAAAGUGGAAUUGGAGGUCGGAUCGGAAAAGAAGGAGUGCACUGUCCAUAUCGUGUUCCAGCCAUGGCCCGACGUGAACGAUAACAUCAACAUUCAGUGCGAAGGGGAUAAUGUUAUUGAUGAACUAAUUCGCUAG